CGGCCAUGACCGUAGGAGGCCGUGCGGUCCGACGUGCAGAGGCAUCAUCAGACCCAUGGAUAGGCCCGGAGUCCUAUCAUGGGCCAGGCCAUAAAACCAGCCAUGACCACGCUAGCAUCAUUCGACCUCUCCAAUAACGUCGCACUCGUCACGGGCGGCGGUAGCGGCAUUGGCAAGAUGAUCGCGACCGGGCUUGCUGAUGCUGGUGCGCGCGUGUAUAUCACUAGCCGGAAUACCGAUGGUCGUCUGGAGGAAACCACGAAUGAGUACAAGGGGAAAGGGCAGAUCAUUCCUAUAAGCAUGGAUGUCACCGACAAAGAUAGCAUCACGAAAGUGAAGCACGAGCUCGAGAGACGCGAGGGGAAGCUACACAUUCUCGUCAACAACGCCGGCGCGUCGGGACCUCAGUCGGACUUCCUCAACCAGCCAACACCUCGCGCUCAGCACUCUGCUUCUUUUCUGGGGCCCGCUCUGUUUGCUGCUGAGAGUUUCGAGGAAUGGUCCUAUGUUUACUCGAUCAACACUUUCUCCCUAUACUUCGUCACUGUCGCCUUCCUAGACCUAUUGGAUAAAGGUACGAAGGACCUGGAGGCCCGUGGCCAGCUGCACAGCGCGAGCGUGAUCAACAUCACCAGCAUCAGUGGGCAGAUCAAGCUGGCUCAGCGUCACUUUGGUUACAACUCUUCAAAAGCUGCCGCGUCGCAUCUCACAAAGAUGCUCUCAACUGAAUUCGCAGUGAAGGGCAUCCGCGUGCGCGUGAAUGCUAUCUCUCCUGGCGUAUACGAGUCUCGCAUGACACACGACACGAUCGCUGGCCGCGCAGCCACCGAUGCUGUCGGUAUGGGUAUUGAGAGCAUCCCAGAGGGCCGCCCUGGAACUGGCGAGGAGAUGGCAGGUACAGCAGUAUACCUCGCCAGCUCCGCUGCCGGAUACAUGAAUGGCCAGGAGCUGAUCAUUGACGGAGGUUACCUGGCUGUGAACCCGUCUCGGGUCUAGAAACGGCAAUGGAGGAGAUACGCGAAUGACAUGUCCUCGCGCUGGAGAAGACUUUGAGAUUUGUAUUCUUUUGGUGUAGCACAAACCCACUAUACGAAAUAUACCAGCAGCGUAACAGUAACACGCUCUAGGCGUACUAGCAUAGUGAACUCUUUCUGACCUCAUAUCGUCGAGCUCGGUAGAAGGGGAGAUCAUUGAGGAUAGCGUUAUGCCUGAGAGUCUCGUCAUAAGACAUCAUAGACCGCCAGUGCCGUCUGCAUCAUCCCACCUGUGUAUGUCGGUCAACUUCUCCUAGAGGUCGAACGUCCGGCGUGUCCCAUCUACGAGCUAUCAAACACCUGGCGUUCGCAGGUUUGUCUUCAUCGUCCCAUGCCCCGUCAUCGAUGCAUCAACCUCCGUGCAAAGUCGAGAUAAAGACGAUCUCGUCAGAGUCCUUCAGCUCGUACUCCGCCUCUCCCUCGAGCUCCCAGUCCGUAUCGUUCACAAGGACCAAGAUCCCUGGACGCACAGUCCCGUUCUCCAUGAACAGAUCCGCUCGCUCCUUGAGCAGCUUGUCGCGCAGAUAAUGCAUCAGGAACGCGACGUCCGCCGGCUUGCUCUCCGUCGACGCGCCCGAUAGCAAUGACAGCGAUUCGUCCGAGGUCGAGUUGUCUUUCGGCACGGUUGCGGGGACGGCGACCUUGUGUUUGCGGACGUUGGAGAAGAGGAGCUCGAGGCCGCCGCUGAAUUCGACGUUGAUAGAGAUCGUUGAUGUGGUCAUGCUGAUGGGUUUGUGACGAU